UUAGAGAGAGAGAGAGAGAUGCGGCCUUUUCCUUUAGGGGGAGAGAAAGCACAGGCCUUUGGUACCUUGGUAUUUGCUUUUGUUGUGACUUGAGAGACUCCACUUUUCGUAUUACGAAUCAAAGAGGGAAAGUUCGAGGUGCAAUGGAUUGGGCUUUUGUACAAAAAUCUUGGGACAAGUGGGCGUCCAGCAAUAUUGGCUCUUCUGGUGAGCCAUUGAAGGCUGCGAUGCUGAUUAAUUAUGAUCCGCUCAGACCCUCUCGUUUGUUGUCUACCAUUGCUGAACAGGAAGGAAUAAAGAUCAACCCCAUUGAAUUGAGUCAAUUUGUCAGCUUCAUCAAGCGCAACAAACUGCAGACAGAGACUUUCAAUAUUGGGCAUAACCAAUACAUGGUUACAUCAAUUCAAGAGAAUUGGUUCUGUGCAAGGUGCCUGAACACAUCCAAAUCUACUGGCGAAGGUGCUAUCGUCAUGCAGACAUCCACGUUUCUCUUGGUUGCACUAUAUGAUGGGUCAAUUGGCUCAGCAUCUCGUGCUAUGGUGUCUGUUGAUCAACUUGUUUGGCUGUUGAGUCGAAGAAACCUUUAACCGUGGCUUCCUUAGUGGAUUAAUUAAAUCGACUAAUUGUUGGAAGCAAGUUGUAGAAAUCAUGUGUUCAGACUGGGGUGCCCAUUUGUGUGUGAUACGCUGAAUUUCAACAUCAGCUGAGAAGGGGUCUGACUUGCAUCAAAACAGCAAACGUUGAUGGGGUAAGUCAAAUGGCCAAUGAUGAAAUGCUAGUUUGCAGUAUGUAUAUGCUGGAAUAUGACCAAGUAUAGCGCUGCCCGAAUCCAUACAAUGAAGAUGAAAGUAGUAGUCAGUUGACCAAUGGCGGUUUAGAUUUUGAUUUCGGACUUGCAAAGUAAAUGCAAUGGCAACUUAACUAGUGCUGUUACCAUGUUUGGGUCUUAGUUAGGGGAGGCAUCCAAUCAGGUGCUAAAUGAUGUGAUAAUAUGAAUGGGGGAGGGAAAGCCAAUCUGAAACUGGACAUGGCAUCUACUUCUAGACUCUUAGUUAGCUAAUGAUCAGAUACGUCCAACAAUUUGCAGCUGCCUAA